UGUCAAAUUGUUAGUCGCCUUGAGCAUGUCUCUUUGACUGUUUUGGUACCAUAUCUCGCAAUAUUUUAUGUAAUUAGGACUACUGAAUAUUACUUUAAAAAAAUUAAAAAUGAUUCUCACGGAUUGGCUUGGCAUAAAUCAGUGUAGUUGGUCGGUUUUGGCGUGUGUUUUUCUAACAUUUUGUUAUGUAGGGAGUUUGUACGUAUGGAGAACUACAUUGAGCAGAGAUCAUCCAACUACAAUAAAAAGAAGAUUCUUCAGCGUAUCCGUUAUAAUGUUAAUAACUCCGUUUUUCAUUCAAUAUUUUUUUACUGAAGACUCAUUAAAGAAGGGCGACUUGUACAUGCAGUUAGGAUUGCGAUGGUCUGGUCUUAUACCAGCGAUAAUUGCGCCACUAUUCUUGACGGCAACAUUAUUUUUGGGACCAUUAACCAUGCAGUUUUUAUCAGGAAUAUGGAAGAUCUAUGCAGAACCAAUAUAUUGGCUAUCCAGCUGGCAAGACCUUGUUUGGGUGAGGAACCAUGUCAUGGCCCCACUGAGUGAAGAGUGGGUGUUCAGGGCUUGUAUGAUACCUCUAUUACUACAGUGUGUGGACCCCAUGACAGCUGUAUUUGUUGGACCUCUACUCUUUGGCAUUGCCCAUUUCCAUCACAUAUUUGAACAGAUGAAAGCUGGCUUUGAAUUGAAAGCAGCUCUUAUGAUCUCAACAUUCCAGUUUAUGUAUACCAGUUUGUUCGGUGCUUAUUCGGCGUUUUUAUUUGUAAGAACAGGACACUUCAUGGCCCCCCUAGUCGCCCACAUGUUUUGCAAUCACAUGGGAUUCCCGAACUUCUCCGAAAUAGUCGAGUUUCCACCUCUACAACGGGUAUUUAUCGUAUGUAACUUCUUUAUAGGAUUCGGCCUAUGGUGUUUCCUUCUUACACCUCUAACUAGCCCAGAUAUUUAUGACAAUAGAUUACAUUGGGAAACAUGAUUUUAUCUAUAUCAGUGGCCUUUAUAAUACCAUUUCGCCUAAAAUAUAAAAUAAAGAUAGAAGAUACUACAAUAGGAAUGAUGACAUAGGGUAUCAAAAUCAUUCAAAUAAAGAAAAAAUUAGAAAAUUAGAUACAUAUUUUUUAUUUGGUCAUCAUAUGAAAAAAUGAGCGCUACGUCAUCGUUCAUUAUAAAAUAUAAUAAUAUUUGUCAUAAGAUUUUUAGUCAAAUAUUUUAUAUCAAGGUACCAUUUGUCAUCAUUCCGAAAUAUCACAAUAAAAGUCAGUAUUUUUGUACUAGCGUAGUCACGCUUAGGAAUCAAAUAAAAAUCAUAAAUAAGGCUCUAUCAUAAUUAUGUAUAUUUUGAAAGUCGUUUAAACCUAGAAAAUUGACAAAUCGCAUUUCAUUUUCAAUUUUAUUAUUUACUAGCGACCCGCCCAAGCUUCGCAUGGGUGUAAUGGUGAUAUAUUAUGCAUGCAUUAUACAUAUAAACCUUCCUCUUGAAUCACUAUAUGUAAUAUAUUUAAAAAAUCCGCAUCAAAAUCCGUUGCGUAAUUUUAAAGACAGAGAAAGCGACUUUGUUUUAUACUAUGUAGUGAUUUUGAAUUUUGUUUGGUACGAAAACAUAGUGAAAGUAGCUAAAGUAGGGGUUCUCAACUAUUUCCUGAUCAAGGACCACUUUUAUAUCAUUCUUAGGUUAGGGACCAUCAUUCAGAGUUUUAGUAUAAAUUUAUAAAUGUUCAUCGAAUUUUCGUCUCGAGUUUUGGUUCUUAAUUUAUUUUAAAAGGUUUUGUUAACAAUUGUCUAAUUUAAAUACAUAAUAUUUAUUGAUAAGAAUCAUUAAUGUUGAGUUAGUUUCUGGUAACGUUCGUAGUCAUGUAUAAACUUAAAUUCAGUUUAGAAAACUUGUAAGAAUUUGUUAAGCUUUUUUUUUAUUCCAACAAUCUGUGAUCCAGUCGUAAUACAUAAAGAGACAGGGACGCAAACAUGACACUUCUAUCAUCUGUAGCAAAGGUGUUGCCAUAAUAAAAAAAUAAAUUGUACUAAAAUUAAAAAGUAAGCUUACAGUAUUUCUAACGAAAUAAUUUACCUCUGAAUUCUAAUCACAAUGUAAUUAUAAGUAUAUCCCAUGGUUCUACUACUAAUAUAAAUGAACAAAACAAAACAAUAAUUUUAGUGAAACAUAAUUCCUACUAAUUAUAAUAAAACAAAUAAAUUUCGUAUGUUUGUUACUCAAUCACGCUAAACGGCUGAAAGGAUUUUGAUUUAAUAUUGCAUACUUACCUAAUAAUGACUUGAUUGACACAUAGAAUAAUUUCCUGUUAAUGUGGGCUAAGCCUGCUCGCACACGAAGUAUAUACGGGAGUGUGGGGCAAGAACAAUGUAUGAAUAUAACAAAGUCAAGUAUAUGUGUGUUUAUUGUCAUUAUACAUAGUCAAACGAGUCGUGUUAAUAACAUACGUCGUGUGCGAACUGGUUCAGUCGCAAGAGAACGCUAGUUUUAGAAAUAAUAUUGUAAAAAGUGUGUGUAUUGCUUGAUCUACCAAUUACCAUCUAUAUUUACUUCAAAUAAUAUAAAAUGCUAUUUAUUUUUGUAUAAGCCAUUAUACCCAAUACUUAAUUGAAACAUGUGGCUAUUCGCAAACAAAAGAAGUACCUACGCCGCUCAUAAAUAUGAGUCCCCGGUCUGACUCGAAACAGGUAGAGCUUUUCUCGAAGUGUUUACACCUAACACGAAAUUGCUAUUAGGUAAUUUGAUAAAUAAAAUUGGCUGCUAAAUAUCUUAAAUGCGAAGUGCUUAACAAUUACUAUAUAACUUAAAUAAAAUAUAUGCUGCUACUGCUAGUCAUACUAUUUGAAGCAAAUGUGGAAAUUGGAAACAAAUACAAUAGUUGAAUAAUUAGGAAUACUUAAAUGACUAAUUAUUGAUGUGUAUUUAGUUUUAAACGUUUUAUGGUGCAUUCGUUUUUUCACAGAAAUCAAUGUUUGAAUGGUGCAAUGUUUUAUUUUGUUCUACAAUAUUUACAGUGUGUUAAAGUGCUUAUUUAAUAAGAUAUUGUUUGUGUGAUUGGCACUUGUAUAGCAUACGGUGAGGAGAUUAUAAUUAUGAUAGUUUACGACUAGUCACAAUAAAAACAAUAAGUAGUAAAAAUACAAUAUAACUAUGGAAUCUAUACCUAUCUAACUAUGUAAUCUAUCUAUUAUAUGUAAAAUAAAUUGCAAAAGAUAACAUUACAGUUUCUGAAUCAAACAACAGUUAAAAGAUUUAGAGAGAUUUUACUUCAUUGGGAUACCAAUGUGCCAAUUAAAAGUGAACUUUGUUGCAAACUUCUUAUAGUCUCAUCUCGUGUCGCAUACAGUUUACAUGUAAGGUUCAAAUCGCAUUAGUAUAGGGACGAAGCUGUCUCUUCCUACUGGAUUUUUAUCUUCAAAGGAGAAUGUGUGUUAUUGUUCGGAGAUAAGGUUGAAUUUGCUAUGUUGAUUCAUACUUCGACUCUGUGCUAAUGUGAAUUCUUUCUUACAAGAUACAUUUAUUUUUUGUUCAAUUUUAGGAUUUGACCAUGCACUUAUUUAUGUAUAUGAAAAUUAUUAAAUCAAACAAUUCGUGAAACUUAAUUUGUAUCCUAUUGUGUGUGCCAUAAGUUCGAUAUUACUGUAAAUACGUAAAAAUAAUAAUUUAGACAGGGUUUGCACGCAUGGGUACAUCGCAACGUGUGCCUCACUAGUCAAUUGAUAUAAUGUUUUUAAUAAUUAAUCUAAUAAAAUUAUAAUGAUUUGUGACGCGUGUUUGUUAAACAACGAUAUUACUUGUCAUACAAUAAACAUACGUUAUGAUCAACAA